AUGUGGCUUAUAAUUAUCAGGUACCGUUCAAACGGUCUAUUGUUGGUGGAAGAAGAGGCUGGGGAUAAGGAUAAGGAAAAGGAUAAUGGUGAAUUGGAGACCGCAUUACAGGAACAACAACCAGACAAUACAGAAGCUCUGCCACCUGUUCCCGAAGCGAGGACGCCUUUGUUUACCCAUGCACCCCCACAAGCCUACCGCGAAGUCCUUGCAGAAGCCGAGAUUUUGUUCGUACGGAUUCUUGAGGAAACCGGUGCAAAAGUCAAUUCCAGGAGGUUCGAAGACGCAUUUGUUCCGCGUCGGCCAUCGUGUUAG